AUGCAUCAAACUUCUAUGGUACUCGUUAUUCUAGUUUUUCUUGCUUUAACAAUGUCACCAAUGGCUUCAAGCUUUCCCUAUUCGAAGAGAGUGCAUGUUUACAUUGUCAAUGAUUUGGGAUCAGGAAAGAUACUCACUAUCCAUUGUCAAUCCAAAGACGAUGACUUGGGUGUGCAUAGCCUCGACUUUGAGAAGGUGUAUACAUGGUCAUUCAAGAACAUAGUUUAUGGAGAAACACUAUUCUAUUGCGAUUUAGAGUGGGAGAGAUCGCCAGGUGAGAAAGUAACUAGUCAUGUAGAUGUAUAUGAUGGUUCCAAGGAUAUAAAACUAUGUGGUGCGGAUUGUUGGCGAAUGGUCCAACAGGAGGGCAUUUUUGCUCUGGACCCAGAUAAUGCUAGUGUUAGAAAAAUGGGUUCAUGGGCAAAUUGA